GUUUUCCAUUACAUAUAUGUAUAUUUUCAGUUGAUUAUUCAGUGUUUAGUAAACUGUUUACCAGGACGAGAGGAACACUAGUUUUUAAAUAUGUGGUUUAUUUUAUCAAUGUGUGCACUGGUUAAAGCUUUCCAUGCGGAGUUCUCGGAAACAGGAUCUGGUUCUGCGGACUCAGAGAGGUUCAACACGCAUCUGAAUAUGUUUACACAAAGAGUGGAUUUGCUUGAGCAGCUUUCUAGUUUGGUAUCAAACAGCAGAAACGUGAGCCUCUAUGAGGAGGAUCAAGGAUGUCCAGUGCUGGACAUUGGCCUGUACUCCACACUCACUAUGCCCAGCCAGCAAGCUUUUGGAUCAAGCUUUGCUGAUGAGUUCAGUGUGCUGAUUCAACUGCGAAGCUCUCAGGACGCGGAGCGAAGUCUGUUGACUUUGCUGAACUUCUAUAAUCACAUUUUACUCCAGAUCCGGAUCGGCCCACACAGCAUCACCUUCAUCACUACUCAACACCGGGACUAUGAGUUUUCAGUGUCAGGAUUGUCCCACUCGCAGUGGCACUGGAUCUCAAUCGGGGUUGCGUUUGAAUGGCUGGCUGUAUAUGUGGACUGCGUGCUUGUGGAAAAAGUCAGCUGGAUGUACCCUUACAUGGGCAUCACUACAGAUGGUCUGCUUAUGGUGGGCGGCAUCCUGGAGGGGUUUGAGACCCCCUUUGAGGGAGAGCUGAGACAGAUGACUUUUAUAAUGGGAGAUGCAAAUGCUGCCAAGGAUCAUUGUGAGCUUCAUCAGCAUAUGUGUGGACACAGCCUUUUUAAGAUGGAAAGUAGCGCUGAGGGCCCUUUGUCACCCUCCGCUGGCUCAACAGCAGAGACAAUGUUCACAUCAGAUCCCUCCUCUGCCACAGAUGAUACUGCCAACAUGCAUUCAGUUCCCGGACUCAGGCCUGAACCCAGAGAAUCAUAUGAUUUGAACUCCAGUGUCUCCUCUCAAAAAUGGGCCAUUUCUUCUUAUCCAAACAAAACUUCAAAGCACUCGGUCCGUGGCUUUGUAGUGGUGGAUGAGUCUGAGUGCCUCACGUCUCCUGUCGUCAGCACACAUAGCAGGUAUAAGGACACCAGGGAUAAAAAGAUCCAGUCCACCACCUUCAAAUCAUCAGAGACUUUCACCACUCAAAAACUGAAAGCUGAUUUGAGUAAAGGCCGUCUGGAGCGGCACCAUUUGAAGCCGUCUGGGGACAUCUCUGAGCUGGAUUCUAGUUUAAAUGUGAAGAUGUCUGCUGGUCAGAAGGAUCUGCUCAGGCCUACUGUCCAUCCAGAGUUAAACCAGUUGACUGAAGAAGGUUUCUUACUUCCUUCACAGAGCAUCUCUGGGUACUCUAGUCAAGUAGUUAAACAGCCUUCGGUCGAUGUUCCCUCACAAAAAGGAUAUGAAAUGCUAGUAGGCAUUGGAAAAGCUGACAACAAGUUUUCAAGAGUUGCCCGUAAACAUGGAGAUGUUAUAUUAGGCAAGGAUGGAAGAAGAUACCGGCUUCUCAGUGGACCUCCAGGGCCUGUUGGAUCACCAGGGAAAAGAGGGUGUGCUGGUAAAAGAGGAUAUAUUGGAUACAAGGGUGAUAAGGGAUCUCAAGGUGUCCCAGGAGUGGAUGGGCUAAGAGGCAUACAAGGACCCCCAGGGCCUCCGGGACUCCCAGCCCUGUACCUGUGGAGGAACACAGACGAGGAUUGGGCUGCAUUCAGGAGGACACCUUAUUACCAGUUGCUAGCAGCUGGGUGGCCUAGAGAGACUGGACAACCUGGACCAAUGGGAGAGACGGGGAGACCUGGUUUACCUGGUUUACCCGGAGACCCAGGCCAGUCAGGACCACCAGGACGGAGAGGUGAUAUGGGUGGCAUGGGACCAAAGGGUGUUCGAGGCCGUGCAGGGACUCAAGGAAGAGAUGGACAGAAAGGUCUGGAUGGCAUGAGAGGAUCUCCAGGGAUUCCUGGCUUACAGGGUCCUCGUGGUUACAAAGGUGACACAGCUCCCCCUGGUGAAAAAGGAGAGGAGGGUUUCUUUGGUGCUCCUGGUCCAAGAGGGGAUAAAGGACAGACUGGCCAAAAGGGAUCAAAGGGAGAAAUGGGGUUUACUGGCUUUUCUGGUCCUCCUGGAUUUGUUGGUUUACAAGGUGUUGAAGGAAUUCCAGGGCAACCUGGACCUAAGGGGGAUCCUGGACAUGAUGGAAAGCGUGGUCCUGCGGGCACUGUGGGAGCACCAGGUGCUACAGGACUGGUUGGUGCGCAAGGUGUUAAUGGCUCAGAAGGGGAUGCUGGACCUGCUGGCCCUGUGGGACGUAAAGGUCCUCAGGGGCCUAGAGGAACUGAUGGAAUUAGAGGCCCACCUGGUCAGCCUGGAUUACAGGGACUUCCAGGUCAGGCUGGUCCACAGGGUCUCAAAGGUGACAUAGGAAAAGAGGGUCCAGUGGGAAACAGAGGGCUACAAGGCAUUGAAGGGCCCAUGGGUAUGACUGGAGAUCCAGGUCCAAAAGGCUUUCCAGGUGUCACAGGCAAUAGGGGCCCAGAUGGAGAGAAGGGGGAUGAAGGACCCAAGGGGAAAAAAGGUCCCCGGGGAGCACCAGGCAUCAUGGGUCCUCAGGGUGAGAGGGGUCAGUCGGGUCAUACUGGAUUACCUGGUGUCAAAGGUCAACCAGGGGCUGCAGGGAUCCAGGGUAUAGAUGGUGAAGUGGGUCCCCAGGGAAUGCUGGGAAAAGAGGGUCAGAAGGGCAGUAGGGGUGAACCUGGUAGUAGUGGAAGAACAGGAUCAAGAGGAUCCAGAGGUCGAGCAGGCCAACAUGGUCCUCCUGGUAUACCUGGAAUAGCGGGAUUACGUGGUCCACUUGGUGCUGAGGGACCAGAAGGAAAGCCUGGUACACAGGGUGUUUCUGGUUCUGUCGGAAGCCCAGGAGAGAAAGGACCUCACGGCGUGAGGGGUGCGAUUGGAGAACCAGGAAAGCAAGGUCCUUCAGGUUCUCAGGGCCCACCUGGACGACCUGGCCAAGAUGGUACUCAAGGCCCUCCUGGUGAAAAGGGCUUCACUGGAAAAGCUGGCUUGGCAGGUGCUCAGGGGCCUGUAGGGAUGUAUGGCUAUCCAGGAGCCACCGGCCUUCGUGGACCACCAGGACACACAGGAGAGAGGGGUGAACCUGGCAUUAGGGGACCAUUGGGACCAGUUGGGAAAAGAGGGCCACCUGGUUUAGCUGGCCCAGCUGGAGAGAGAGGCUCACGUGGACCACCGGGUCGCCAAGGAGAAACUGGACCUACAGGCUUCCAAGGACUGCCUGGGCCCUCUGGACUGCCUGGUGCUGAAGGUGUAACUGGAAAGCAAGGACCCCCAGGCAGCCUGGGGCCUCAGGGGCCAAAGGGAAAACAAGGACCAAAUGGAUUGACAGGCUCACCUGGAACAAGUGGAAUGAUUGGUCAAACAGGAGAAAAAGGGGAGCAGGGAUUGCCAGGACCUGCAGGUGACCACGGAUCUAUUGGACUAUAUGGGCCACAGGGUCAUCCUGGUCCAGUUGGUUUAGAGGGUCCAACAGGGUCAAAAGGGGAUUUUGGAUCACCUGGACCCAAGGGAAAACCUGGUCCAAAUGGGUUUCCGGGAGAACAGGGGCCUCAGGGCUCUCAGGGUAUUUUAGGUGCUCCAGGACCUUGUGGCAAAGAGGGAGGUAUUGGACCUCCUGGUAUAAUUGGUAACCAGGGCCCUAAAGGACAAAAGGGUGACCCUGGACAUCGAGGAUUCUCAGGCCAACAAGGUCCUCCUGGACUUUUGGGGGAUGGAGGAGAGCGAGGACUGAAGGGGAAUAAAGGCUACAUUGGAUCACAGGGUCAAAAUGGUUUAAUGGGAAAGAUUGGUCCAUCUGGAUUAAUGGGUCUAGAGGGUUUGAUGGGUCUUCGGGGACCACUAGGAGCAAACGGCUCACCAGGCCCAAAGGGCGAAACUGGAUCACCAGGACCGAAUGGAUAUCCAGGAGAUCAAGGCAAUCGGGGGCUGACUGGCCGGAGGGGUUUACAAGGGGUUAUGGGGAAGGCAGGACCUCAGGGAGUCGUGGGUCCCAGAGGCCCCCAGGGCUUAUUGGGCCCAAAGGGUGUCCCAGGACAAGAGGGACCUAAAGGUGAACCAGGAAGACAAGGACCGCCAGGGCUGAAGGGUUCACCAGGCCUAACUGGUAAUAAUGGACCCUCUGGAUUUCCUGGAAAAGAGGGUCUUCCAGGAGAUUUAGGACCUGAUGGCCCUGUUGGCCCUCCAGGACCACAAGGUUCAAAUGGCAAACCUGGGCCUCGGGGAAGAGAUGGCCCGAAAGGCCAAAAGGGAAAUGAUGCACGUAAGGGGUCUUCUGGAAAGACUGGGCAUGCUGGAAGGAGAGGGAAAGCAGGAAAAGCUGGUCAGAGGGGUCUCAGAGGACCGAAAGGACAGAAGGGCCAGCAGGGUGCACUGGGAAACACUGGACCUCCAGGCAGAACAGGACAAUAUGGUUUACCAGGCAUCCGAGGACAUAAAGGAGAGAGUGGUGGAAAAGGCUUUGAGGGAGAGAAGGGGGAUCGUGGACCGCUCGGUCCUCCAGGGGGAGACGGACUGAAGGGAAAUCAAGGCCUGCAGGGGGUUAAAGGGAGAACAGGACCAAAGGGAGAGCAGGGAGAUAUUGGUCCAACAGGUCAAAGAGGGACCCCAGGUCUACCAGGGCUGCCUGGCCUGUUUGGAGAAAAGGGUUUAAAAGGAUUUCCAGGUCUUACUGGUCCAAAAGGAAAGCGAGGACGUCAAGGCCCGCCAGGUCUUCCAGGUCCACCGGGCUUAUCUCUAAAUCUAACACUGACUCAGCUAAAAGACCUUAUGUACCUCUCAGACAAGCCCAACUAUCCUCUUCUCAGGACACUGCUGGACUCCCUUCAGCAAGACCUGCGCUUCUUUAUUGAUCCUCCAGAUGGCAGUAAAGAUCAUCCGGCCACAAGCUGCCUGGAGCUGAUGAUCAGUUUUCCAAACCUAACCAGUGGAAUGUAUUAUAUCGACCCCAAUCAGGGCAGUUCUGCUGAUGCUUUAUGGGUUUAUUGUAACCUCAGUGAAGGACAGACAUGUUUGUCUCCUCUGCAGCCACAGAUGCCUAUGAGAUCCUGGCUCAAAGACGGCACAUCAGACUCUUUCACAUGGUUGAGUACUAUAGAUGGCGGCUUUCAGUUUGAUUACACAGAGACCAGUGUGGUGCAAAUGCGAUUCCUCCGACUGAACAGCAGGAUCGUGAAGCAGAACAUCACAUUUUCAUGCCAGUCAAACAGCCACCAGGGUUUCAAUGAAAGAGACAUAAAGUUCCUCGCCGACUCGAGAAGACAGAGCUUCUUGGGAACAUUACUGGAUUGUGAACCUUCGGGGCCGCUGGAUUCGGGCCCCCGGGAAUCUGUCUUUCAGUUUGAGACUGAAGACCUGGAGCUUUUACCAAUCAGAGAUCUGGCUUUAUUUGGCCAGAGGGACACAACAGAGGAGUUUUGGUUUACUGUAGGAGACGUGUGCUUCAGCUAAAACACAAGCACACUCUCAUUUGAGGACUGCUGGACUGAACGCUGAGCUCUAAUCCAGUUGCUCUCUGCUGACAAACGCAGAACAACAAGCUAAAGAUCAGGACUUACCUUAAUUUACUGGGGCCGGAUUCAUGACAAUAGUCUUAAAGGGAAAGAUGACCCCCUCGCUCACCUUUCUUUGGCUCAUUCCCUGCCUUAUCAGUGGUCGCCACAGAAGAAUUAACCGCUAAUUACUCUGGCAUAUGUUUUACCAGCGGAUGCCCUUCCUGCCACAACCCAGUGCUGGGAAACUCCCAUAAACGCUCUUAUUUACACACACUCAUACACUAUGGCCAAUUUAGUUUAUCUAAUUCACUCAGUAAAAAACAUAUGUUAAUUAACAAGUUCUGUAUUUUGUGAUUCACAAGUGUUUUCUGCUUAUUUGCAGUUGUGAAUUGCAUUAUUGGACUUUGGUCUCUGCUCUGUCAACUUUUAAUGUUAAAAAUUCAACUCUACAGUUAAACAAAGUGACUUUUAUUGACAUUUUAAUAGUUUGAAAUGAUAUAAUGUAUAAGAAAUAAUGUAUUGAGAAAUAAGUCUGUUAAAUAGCAGGAAAUGUACUGGCAGACAGUUUAAUACAAGGUUUUUGUACCGUGAUAUACUAUGCCAACCCAGACAAUCACUUUAAACUAUUAAAAAUGUUAAUAAAAGGCAUUUUUUCUAACUUUUCAAGCUUAAAACUUGUUGGAAGAAAGAUCAAAUUGCCAUAAUGCAAUUCAAAAGCAUAAAUAAAAUAAAAAAUGAAAACAUGAAUUAGAAAAUACAGAAAACUGCUAAUUUAUGAAUAUUUUACAGUGCACCUAUACUGCAUUUCUUUUGACUGUGUGGAAGCAGAAGCGGGAUAGAUGACCCAAACAAUUCUGUCAACAUUUACUUACUCUCAAGUUGUUCCUAACUGGAAUGAAUUUUUUUCUUCUGCAAAUCACAAAAGAAGAUGAAGUUGCAGGACCUCAAAGACUUCCAUAAUACUGACACAUAUUAUGAAAAUCAGUUUAUAGCAACUAUAGCAACUGUGUUUGCUCACAUUCUUCAAACUCUUCUUAUGUGUUCAACAGAAGUAAUAAUCCUUAUUCUGCUGUGGUGAGCCCUGAUAAUGACGGGAAUAAAAGUGAGUGGGUGAGAGUAUAAUAUAAGAGUGAGUAAUAACAAAAAUUAUUCAGAAAAGUCAUGAUUGCAAAAUGUAAAAGUUUCUUUAUUUGAUAUCAUUCAUUUGAGUAAUUUUUGUGAUUUCAAAUUUAGUAAGAAAGAAUGAUAAUACAGCAAGUAAUGCUCAUCUAACCGGUUGUUCUCUGAGAUAUAAAGCCUGACAGGCACAUCAUCAGACCGGUGAGUAAAAUCACAACCCUAUUGUUUUUUUUACGUUUCAGUCAGCUGUUCUUUUUUUAAAGAUUUUUGCGAAUACAAAACAAAUGUAGCUGUUUCAAUUCACACAUCCUGAGAAAGUUUCAUGAAUCCGGCCACUGUUCUCUAUCUGCUGUGGGAAUGGAGAUCCCUAAUGAAGUUUUCUCCUUCGGUUUACUGUGUACCUUUAUAAACUGAUUUGUUGUCUGUUCAUUUGCAACAGUAAUCUGGUGCGCAGCUUCUCAUAGGGAGUUGUAAUGUAUUGUUGAAAAUUGUUUACAAUGCUUGUUUUCUGUUAAAUAACUGAUUAUUUAUAUAAUGUCAUGGUGUUACUCUGGUCAGAUUUUACGAAGUGAUUCUCAUCAAACCAUCCUCAACAACCCAUUUCAUUCAGGUUUUGUUUUAUUUUCAUGUUUUUCUUUCUUUCUUUUUUUAAGUUUUUGCACCUUAUGACAAAGAGAACUGGGAUAUACUCCACAUGGCCAACCAUUUGCUGUCACCUUAACACAACACCUACUCUUUGUAGUAUGUGCUUGAUGGGCAUUUCAUUUAAAAACUAUUGUCAUCAAUGGGCAUUUUGUUCUCAUGCUAUAUCAGUUUUAGUUCUUCUAGAAAAGCUUUUAAAUGUGGAUGGAGAAAUGUUUUGUUGCAUUUGACCAUGUGGUGUAUGUGACAUCCAAAUCCGAUCCUAUAAAAACAAUGUGCCUCAAGCUCAUGUCAGGCACUGCUUGUGAAGAUUUAAUAACAUGAAUUAAUUAGAGCUGUCAGACAGUUGCUGUAGAAGCAUUGUUUAUGGCUGGAACUCAACACGUGUUAAUUAGCUAAUUAUAAUGACAGUUUAUGAAUAAAGCAACACCGUCUUUUGUUCUUUUGUGAAAA